AUGACAUGUAUUAAAGAGGAACAAGAUUCCCUAAAAGAAUAUUUUAACAUAGAAGUUAAAUCCGAAUUAAAAGAAUGUCGAUUUGAAAGCAAUACUAUGCAGGAACCUCUUUUAGAUGAGUGUUAUUCAGAUAUUAAAAUAGAAAACUAUGUAUUAGAAGAUGUAGCUUGUGAAAUUAAGGUUGGAAUAAAAGAAGAACUGGAACAAUAUAACAUAGAGGAAAAAGAUUCCCUAAAAGAAUAUUUUAACAUAGAAGUUAAAGCCGAAUUAAAUGAUUGUCAAUUUGAAAGCAAUAAUAUGCAGGAACCUCUUUUAGAUGAGUGUUAUUCAGAUAUUAAAAUAGAAAACUAUGUAUUAGAAGAUGUAGCUGGUGAAAUUAAGGUUGGAAUAAAAGAAGAACUGGAACAAUAUAACAUAGUGAUGGAGGAGCUAAAGUGCGGUUUUUGUGAUCAGACUUGUUAUUUUAAAGAGAGUAAAACUCUGUUGUUUGGAUGUGCUUGUGAUAACUGCGAGAAAGUAUCAUGUAAGGAGUGUAGCAAGAUUUCCUCUCAAGAAAUAAGAUGUGCAAUUGCUAAAACCAGAACCAUUAUAAUAUGGUGCAAAGAUUGCAUAAAUCAGUUCUCUAAUAUUGAUAGCCCGAUUAGGAACCCAAGAAAUGCUGAACUAACCAUGCCACAAUUAUCAAAUGCCAUAAAAGAAAUGGUAAAAUGUGAACUUAGUGAGGGUAUGAAGAUUUUGGAACAGAAUCUUCAAGAAAAGCUUGUAAUGACGUCUAAAAUGGUGAUCGACAGCAACAAGGAGUUAGUGAAACUUUUGAGUGAUACUUCGAAACUAAAUCAGAGCUCUUCAGAAAGCCGGGUAAACGUGGCAACGCCAACCUCCCCUCCUUUAAUAACAGAGGACAAUGGCAGAUCGAAAUCAGCUGGCCAAGCAGAGAAUGCCAACGUUGCUAGCUCUUCUUCUUCUAAUUCCCACUUGCCAAAAGACCAGAAGACCUUGGUCCACAGCGAAAAUCUAGAAAAAGAAGAAAAUGUAACCUCAGGCCAAAGCAAACAUCGAGAAAAAGAAGAGAUCGUAAACAAAAACAAAAUAAACUUUGGAAACAAACAUUCUGGUGAUAAUGACCAAAAAUUUACCCUGGUACAGAGAAGAAAGGCCAGGAGAAAUGACCAAAACUUUGUUUUGGGUAAAGCGAAUUUCCAAGGAGAUGAAAAUUUUGCUAGUUCUUUUCAUAAAGCUUAUUUUUAUCUUGGUCGCGUAAAAAUGGGCAUAACACCCACCUUUAUUGAACAACAUGUUAAGAAGCAAUGUCCAAAUAUUAGGGAUUUUAAGGUUGAACCGUUACCAGUUAAAGGUGAAAAUAUCUCUUUCAAAAUAAGCAUCCAUCCAGAUGACAAGGAAGAUUUUUCGAGGCCGGAUAUAUGGCCUAAAGGCAUCAUUUUAAGAAAGUUUUGGAUUUCCAAUAAACGCCAAUCUGAAAAUUUUCAACAAGAUCGAGGAGAUCAGACCAGGAUAUAA